UGGAGCUGUUCACAGCUCUUAAAACUCUUCUGUUUCCUUGAACAUUUUUGACAUGUAAGACUUUAACAGACUAGAAGAAAGGUUUGCAUAUAUGAAAAAGGAUGAUGUUGAUGGAGGAGGAGCCAUGAAGCCAGUUCACAGCCUUCUGCUCCUCUCCCUGUCAACUUGCUGCUACUCUGUUUCGUUUGUCUGCUCAGCUGUGGGGACCGUUAUAAAUACUGGCCUUUUUAAGUCAAGAGAUGAAAUUAAAAGGGAACUUUCUAAGUACUCGACCGAUCCUGAUGCCCUCAACGCAGCACUCAAGAUGAGAGACUGUAUUGCCACAAUGUCACUUCUUGAUAAACUGGCUCUGCUGACUCUACUGGGAGAAAUAAUGCUCUCGUGCUGAUAAUUUCACAAACCUGAAUUAUCAAAGGAAACUGUGAUUACACCACAAGCUGACCACUAACAGCAGAUUCUGAAAAAUGCUGAUUGAAUGAUGUAUUCUUUCAUUUUCUGCCUUCCCAGAUCAAGGAACUCUCACUUUCCU